UAGUUUCUCUAAAACACUAUACCACUAAACAUCUCUCUCUAGCUUCACUUACAAAUAAUUCCAUUCCAGCCCUCAUUAUUCUCAGGUGGUUUGCUUUAAAAAGUUCAAGAAAUACAGGGUGGGGGUGUAGUGUAUGGUGGGUGGUGAAAUAUAAGAGAAACAUAACUAAGUUUUAGGUCAGUGGGUAGCAAAAAGAAAACCGGGGGGUGGUGUGGGGGGUGGUUUCGGGUCAAGGAAUGCGCUCAGGUGGUUGCACAGUUCAGCAGACGCUCACAGCGGAGGCUGCUUCAGUUCUGAAGCAUUCUCUCAGCUUAGCACGGCGGAGAGGCCAUGCACAGGUGACUCCUCUUCAUGUAGCCGCUACUUUACUCAGCUCAAGAGCUAGUCUUCUAAAAAGGGCUUGUCUCAAAUCUCAGUUAUCUCCACCUAAUCAUCAUCUUCAUCAUCCUCUUCAAUGUAGAGCUCUCGAGCUUUGCUUCAAUGUCUCACUUAAUAGACUCCCAACUUCUCCUUCUCCUCUUCUUCUUCAUCACCAUGCUCAGCCUUCUUUAUCCAACGCGUUGAUCGCCGCGCUUAAACGAGCUCAAGCUCAUCAACGAAGAGGCUGCAUUGAACAGCAGCAGCACCAGCAACAGCAGCCGCUUUUAAGCGUAAAAGUUGAGCUUGAACAGCUUAUUAUAUCAAUUCUUGAUGAUCCUAGUGUUAGUAGGGUUAUGAGAGAAGCUGGCUUCUCCAGUAUUUCUGUUAAAAACAAUAUAGAGGAGUAUUCUUCUUCUGCUGCUUCUGUUUUUCAGUGUUAUAGUAACUCUUCCGGCGGCGGCGGCGGUAACGGUGGAGUUUUCUCUUCACCCUCUUCACCUGGUGAAACUAACAGAGAUCAUCAUCAUCACAUCAUAAACCCUACAACUUUCUGGCAAACUCAUUUCUUAACUUACUCAUCCGAGAAAAAUCCAAGUCUGUUCUCUCCACAAAAAAAGCUCUCACACACUAAUUUUCUUACAGAAAUUUCAGUUAAGGAAGAUGCCAAGUUAGUGUUUGAGGUUUUCUUGAGAAACAAGAAGAGAAACAACACAGUCAUAGUUGGUGAUUCAGUCUCCAUAAUUGAAUCUCUCGUCACUGAGAUUAUGACAAGAGUUGAACGAGGAGAUGUUCCUGUCCAACUUAAGGAUAUUCAGAUUCUCAAAUUUGAAUUUGCGCCAGUUUCUUUAAAGUUGAUGAAGAAACAAGACGUUGAGAUGAACAUCUCACAGCUUAAAAGGAAAAUAGAUUAUGUCGGAGACGGCGGAGCUGUGAUUAUAUACACUGGUGACUUGAAAUGGAGCGUUGAAGAGAGUGUUGUUAAUGGAGAUGAAUACAGUUCAGUUGAUCAUCUUGUUGGAGAAAUUGGGAAGUUAUUGUCUGAAUAUAAUAGCUGUUCGAACAUUAGGGUUUGGUUAAUGGGUACUGCAAGUUAUCAGACGUAUAUGAGGUGUCAGAUGAGACAGCCUUCUCUUGAGAUUCAAUGGUCUCUUCAAGCUGUCUCUGUUCCUUCUGGUGGACUUGGCUUAAGCCUCCAUGGUUCCAGUAUCCAUGACUCAAGGACAAGCUUCACUCAAACUUCACCACAAUUACAAGAAACAAAACCCUUCAUCAGUAAUGGCAAGGAUGAACAAGAAAAUAAGCUAAGUUGCUGUUCAGAAUGCACUUCAAGUUAUGAAAAAGAAGCCCAACUCUUCACAUCAUCAGGCCACAACAAAAAUUUGCCUCCUUGGCUUCAUCCACAAGGCACCAACAUCAAUCAAAGGGAUGAUUUGGCUGAAUUGAGAAGAAAAUGGAAUGGAUUAUGCCAUGGCUUACACCAACAAGGAAGGAAUAUUAUUACUCACAACAAUCAAGGCCUAGCUGGAAAGAACUCUUCAUAUGCUUCAUCUUAUCCAUGGUGGCCAAGCCAAACCAAGAUCUUUUCGGAUUCGAAUUCGAUCUCUGUUGCAGAUUCAACGAAUCAAAACUCGAGUUUCAUCCCGAAGUUUAGAUGUCAGCAGCCAAAUUUGGAUUCUCUCAAGAACAGUCAAGGAAAGGAAGUGAAAAUCACUCUUGCUCUUGGAAAUUCUGACACAGGAAUAUUGGAGAAUGGGCAGAGUAGAGAUUUUCGCAAGGAAUUGCUAGAGAAUGUUCCUUGGCAGUCUGAAACAGUUGAGUCAAUAUCUGAAGCAUUGAUUGAAUCCAAAUCAACUAGAAAUGGGAGUUGGUUACUUAUCCAAGGCAAUGACAUUGUAGGAAAAAGAAGACUAGCCCUUGCAAUUGCAGAGUUUGUUUCAGGGUCAGCUGAUCAUCUUCUGCACAUGAACAUGAGGAAAACUAAGGAUUCAUAUUCAGAAACAAUCGUGCAAAUGUUAAGAAAUCAAGAAAAGGUUGUUGUAUUGGUGGAGGAGGUGGAUUCUGCUGACACACAAUUCUUGAAAUUUCUUGCUGAUGGAUUUGAAAAUGGCAAAUUUGGACAAGCAAUUUUCAUUCUGACAAAGGGAAAUCAUGAAUCCAUGGGAUAUGAAGAUGACUAUGGAAGGAUUAUAAAUCAAGAUUCUGUCAUCAGAAUGAGUCUGAAAGUGAAUGAAAUUAGAAAACCUGAUGGCAAGAGAAAAUCUGAUUGGGACAUUUCACCAAGCAAUAAAAAGAAAGAGUGUUUCUCAAGGCAGUCAAGUUUCAAUAAUCUUGACCUAAACAUCAAAGCCACUGAAGAAGAAGAUGAAAAUCAAGGAAAAGCUUCAGAAGUCAGCCCAAUUUCAAGUGAUUUAACAACUUCUGAUCAUCAUCCUGUUAGCCCAACAGGGUUUCUUGAUAUGAUCAAGAACCGAUUCGUUUUCGACCGAAACGAAGAACACGAAAGAGAGAUGCAACAGGCAUUGUCAAGCAGAAUCAAGAGGUAUAUAGAGGAGGUUUUGGGGUAUCAAAAUGGGGUUAGUUUUAGCAUUGGAGAUAGGGUGAUAGAGGAAAUGGUAUAUGGAUAUGGUUCUUUUGUGAAUAGUGUGCUUGAAAGAUGGCUAAAAGACAUCUUUCAAAAAACUUUGGAAACAAUUAAAAUUGGAGGUAAAGAGGGUAUUUUUGGGAUUAGGCUUUGUUUUGAGGGUAGAAAUGACAAAGUUUUGGAGGAUGGGUUUAUGGGUACAUGUCUUCCUAAGAAAAUCCAAGUUUCUUUCAUGGACUGACUUUCUAGGCAAGUCUUUUUUUUUCUUUGUAAAAUCCACCACAAUGUUCUUUUUAUGUGACUUAAUUUGCUAAUUUUCAUAA